CCUCGGUGUGCCCGGGGGCGGUGCCGGCAGAGGCGGGGCGGCCCCGGUUUCGCUUUCGUUUCCCGGUAGCUGCCGAAAAGCCCGAGCCGGGCCGCAGGUUACCGGGGCCGGGCCGCCGGGGCUGCGCGGCGCUGGGGCGGCGGCACCGGGGGUCGGGAGGGAGCGGGCAGGGCCGGCCCCGGGGGCUCCAGCAGCGGCGGAACGGGCCCGGGGGGAGAGGGAAGGCCCCGAGGGGUGCCCGGUGCCCGGUGCCCGCCUCGCCGCAGGCAUGGCAGGCCACACGGUGCAGGUGCGGGGCAUCCCCACCGACCUGCCCCCCGACAGGGUGGCCGACAAGCUCACCAUCCACUUUCUGCGCUCCCGUAACGGCGGUGGGGAGAUCGCCGACGUCCAGGUGCUGCCGGGAGCGCGGGCGUGUGCCCUCAUCACCUUCGAGGCGCUCGCAGUGGCCCAGAGGAUCCUGAAGGCGAAGAAUCACGUCCUGUCGAUCGGGGGGAAGAAAUAUCCCCUGGAAGUGACGGCGCACGUGGUGGAGCUGAGCCCCGACGAGAUCUUUGUAUGCGCUUGCAUGGUGGUUGACUACGGCAAGCUUCCCGCUGGCAAAACCCUCCUGAAGAACUUGCAGAAAGGUCACAGCAGCGUGCAGCUCGACUUUGACUACAAGAACACGCAUUGCAGAGUCAAGGGACCGUUCACUGAGGUUCAGGCCUUCAGCAGAGACCUGCUGGACAGCCUGAACCUCAAGAGCCAACCACCUGGAGUGACCCUGCCUCCGGGAUCCAGCCAUGUGGCCAAAGACACCAGAAUGCACGAUCACCAGCAAGUGCCUCCUUCCACUGAGUCAGCAGUGGAGACCACAAAGCUGUCACGCUGGGACCACGUGAGCGAAGAGGCAGCUGGAGGCCCGUCACCUCGAGGCCCAGUGGAUGGGGAAGCUGUGGAACAGCUGGAGGACUUUUCCCUUGCGAUGGACUCGGACAUUUACUUGUACAUGCAGAGGUUCUGUGCUGCCGAGUACCAAGGUAUGCUGCGGCAGCGUUGUGUGGAUGUAGUGGACAUCAGCAGCGAUGGUAUCACCAUACUGUACCUCCAGCCAUCCCCGGGGAUGUCUGGGGACAUGGACGCCUUGCGACAGGCCCGCCUGGCCCUGCAGCAGCUCUACCAGCAACUGGAAGUGAGCUUGCGUAAGGAGAAGAUCUUGAAGUGGGGACUGGACAUGGACAGCCAGGCACUUGGGGCUCUGAUACGUGAGCUGCAGGAGCUGUACCCCCAGUUGCUCUGCCACGAGGAUGGGAAGCAGCUUUACCUUAUUGGAAACCUUGUUGAUGUCUCACAGGCCAAGCAGUACAUCCAGCAUUUCAGCACCAGAAGCACCCCACAGACGGUUGUCAUGCUCAGCAGCUCCCAGCCCUCCCGGCCAGCAAUUUCCCGCGCCACAGAGGCUGCGCUGCAGAAGCCCAAAGCUCCUGUGGACACCUUGUCUCCAAAGCAGAGCCCCGGCAGGCCAGAAGGGAAAUCUGAGCACAAGCUAGCUGCCAACUUCAGUGCGCUGAGAACUGGCAGGUCGCAGGCUGGCCAGGGCCUCUUGCCGAACCGGGACUCUCCUCCAGCGGGGCAGGUGCAGCUUUCUGAGAAGAACUCAUCAGAGACACGUGCUCUGGGUCCCAGUGACCCAAAAGCACCAACCCAGCAGUACCAGCCUCAUGUCUCUGCACUGGAUGCGGUUUUGGGGUCAGCAGCAGCAGUGUCUCAGCAGAAUGACCCCAAAGAACAGGACCUUGUGAAAGGAGGUGCCAGGCUUGCAAGACACAAGAGUCUGUCUGCCUUUGUGGGCAAAGAAAACAGCGCUUUGCAGCACCCCGGGGACUCCAAAGGCUCAGAUCCCACCAAGCACUAUUCCUUUGCUGACACCUCUAGUACCUUUCAGUCUCUGAGCCUCUUUGACAUGACAAGGACCUCUUCUUUCGACUCCAAACCCUCUGAAUCCAGACCUGUGCUGCGACGCUCCAACAGCUUCUCGCUGCCAAAGUCAAAGGAAAGCAAUAAGCCCCAGGACACGGUCAGGGCAGGCAGUGGAGGCAAUAGGGUGAGUGAAGAAAUGAGCCUGGACUCUCUGCAGUGGUCUUACCUGAAGGACGUUUACCGCUCUGCCAUCGAGGAAUUGUGCAGGAGUGCAGGUGUGCAGAUCUCAGAACGCUCUAGCGGGGACUGCACGGUGCUGACAUUGCAGGCAGAGGACAGGACCAAGCUUCUCCAGGUGAAAUGGAAGGUGGAAACUCUUGUGCAGAGGUGUCCUGACCUUGUUUGUGAGAGCAUGAGCUACUCAGAGCUUGCUGUCGAAGGGCCGGAUGACGAUGCCCUGAGUGAGCUGUGCAGCCUCUUGCGAGGAAGUUCCCUGCAGGUUGGGCUCAACAAAGACAAGUACAAGCUCUGUCUCGCCUGCCCCAAGGAGAUGCUGCCAGGAGUGACUGAGGCCUUCCAGGUGUUUUGUUCCAGGAGGCUCCGUGCUCUGAAGGCUUCAUCCUUGUCUCCAGGACCCGAGAGAGCUUUGAGCCCGGGGCACCCAGGUGCUGUCCAGCCGAGCAGAAGCCAGGACACCGCGCUGGGGGCAGCCCUUCCCGACAGCCUGGAGUCCCUGCAGAUGGGCCUGCAGCACCUGGACAUUAGAGAUAAAGCAGAGCACUCGGAGGUGCUCAGGGCUUUGAAGCUGCCAGAGGCUGAGGAAAAGAGGUCCCCGAGUCCUUGGAGGUUCCUGCAAGCAGUGGGACAGGAGGAGGCCAAUGACCACGUUGAUCCUGGGGCUGUGCAAGGAGGAAGCGGCCUUCUCAGCCCUCCUGUAGCCGACAACCCAAGUCCUGGUGCUCCGAGGGAGCCCCAGGAACAGCCGAAGGCCAAACUGUCGCCGGGGGAACCUGACAUUGCGCGGCUAAAGCAGGUCUUGCCAGACAAAUUCCAGUUUGCAAGAGACAGGAGCCGAGGAGGUCACAGUGACGCUGGGGGACAGCUGCGGUCACCAGUUCCCACAGCUGAAGGUGCACCUCGCUCCCUGCCCGCCUGGCCCUUCGGGGCUACAGCUCCUGAACCGCCCCAGGCUGCGGCCGAACAGUCAUCCGCAGCGGAGUCAAGGGGCCAGGAAAGGAGCAGUUCAGGCAGGAACAGCGUGCUGGAGGAGCCUGAACCCUCAACACCACAGAAAAGAGGCCCCAGCCCUGGCCAGGAAAGCAGCAAGACCCCCCUGGGCUGGUGCGAUGCUUGCCAGGACUCACGUGUGACCUGCCAGGCUCCCUGCGGUCACACCUUGUGCAGGACGUGUUUUGCAGCAGACCAGCCAGCUUGCUGUGGCUCCUCCUCGGUUGCCCCAAGCUGCAAGGUCCCAGGGACAUUCAAGAUCUCCUCCUUGUCUCAGAGCUUGCCUGGCUACUACCGGGACCUGACGCUCCGGCUUACCUACACCAUCCCCGACGGCGUGCAAGGGGUUGGUCACCCCCAUCCAGGACAGCCUUACAAAGGGGGAUGUUUCUUCGCCUUCCUUCCUGACAACAGGGAAGGGCAGAAGAUAGCAGUGCUGCUGAAGAAAGCUUUUGAGCAAGGGCUGACAUUCCAGAUAAAGUCCUACAAUGGAGAAGAAAGAGUGACGUGGGGCCUUAUCCCUCACAAAACCUCCUGGCAUGGAGGCAAAGCCAGGAACGGCUAUCCAGAUGCCCAGUAUCUCCACAAGGUUUGCACAGUUUUGAAGAAAUUGGGCAUUGACUGAGACUCCCCGCCUGAGCAGCUGCAUCCCGUGCCUUCGCUUCACCUUCCGUCACAGUUGACAAAAACUGCAGCUCACGAAACAAGGCUCACGAAAAAGCAGGUGCUUGCCCAAGGAGCUCAUUGUAUCCCCGGAGGUAGCCAGGAACCUGUGCGUUAGUGACAGCAGUCCCUCCAUCCCCCAGAGCCUGAGCUUCCCUAAAACUCCAGCUCCUGCUGGCUGUUUAUCUGCACCAGCCGGUUAACUACCAGCUUGCUUCAACACCAGAUCCAGGCUGAGCCCCAGCACAGCUUUUGACAGGGUGCCAGUAAACCAAGCCUGGGCAGGAGCCUGCUUGUAGUCCGGCCCCACCUUCUGUAAGUCUGUUUCCCCUCUUGCCACUGCAGGCAGGCUCCAGGUCAGCCACCUCCUGAGCCUGUGCCAGAGCCGAGCUAUCAUUAAUUUCAGAUUAUAAUGUAGACAUUUCAGCCCUCAAGCAGACAGCUCUGAGCUACAGCCCCUCCCCAGCACCUGCUCUGGGGACAGCAGGAAGCCUUAUGCUCUCUUGGAGGGGGUACUAACGGGUUUCAGCUCCUCGGACAGCUGCUUCCCCUGCAAAUAUACAGACAUGGACAGCCUCCAGGUGGAGAAACACAAAUAAACAAGAUUUAUUCCCACAUUUUCA